AUGAAUUUCAUCAUGGACGUUUUGGUAGCAAGUUAUCAUUUAUAGAGAAAAUUCCCGUGUAAAUCAUUAAAAUUAGCUAUAUUUUCUAACAAAUGACAAAGAUACAUCCAUGGCAAGUGGAGUUAGAGAUGAGGAUUCUCUUCGUCUUGUUCAUUGUUUAUCUACACGGAAUGAGUCUAUACGAAAGCAGGGUCUUAACAUGAUAUCCAAACUGACAGACUCGUGGAUUGAAGGAUAUGGUAGCCCUGUAAACAGUAUAUCUAUGUGCAAUCGUCAGAAAAACGGUAUAUCUAUGAGCAAUGGACAGAAAAAUGGUUCUCAUCCUCUACUGAAGGAACAUUUACCAGACUUUGUUAGAUUGGCAUAUCAGUGUCCUUUUGAAGAUGUGCGGGAAUUUUUCAGCGAAUUGAUAGCAGAAAUUCAGGAAAGAGAAAAUAUAACACUGCCAAAACCUUCCACUUUGGGACCAAGUUACUUCAUACCAAAUAGUUCGAUUAUACCUGUCAACACUACUGAAGAUCAGACACAAAUGGUAUUUAUAGACGCAUUUCUACAAAAUAACAGGCUGGACCAUCUUACUCAAUUGAUGGGCUACCACCCAACUUACUUAGAAAAUUUCCUGCGGACUCAGCAGUAUUUGCUCCGUGGAGAUGGACCUUUACCAUUUCAUUUCAGACACUACAUUGCCAUCAUGGCUGCAUCACGACAUCAGUGUACAUAUUUAAUACACCUUCAUGAAGAAGAGUUCAUCUUACAAAAUGGAGAUCCUGAUUGGUUAAAGGGACCAACUCAUAUUCCAAAGAAAAUUAGGAACCUGUUUGAACUGAACAAAUUAAUGGCACACAGACCAUGGUUGAUAAAUAAAUCUCAUAUUGAAAAAUUAACAAGAGGAAAAGACAAUUGGUCACUCUCAGAAUUAAUGCAGGCUAUAUGUUUAAUGGCACACUUCCAUGCCAUGUGUAGUUUUGUGUAUGGUUGUGGUGUACGGAAUGAGCUGGAUCAUAAUGGAGAGUCAUUACACCGCCGGUUAUCGAUGAGCGAUGAUUCCGAUAGUGACACACAGGGAAAUGAACCAGAAGUAAAAAUAGAAGUUUUGAUGGAAAGGAUGAAAAAAUUAAAUGAAGAUGACAGUGAUGAUCCAACAGAGGAAGAAAGAUUAAAAAGAUUUGAAUCAAUAGAAAAUCAAAGUGUUGAAUUAAUAAGUUCAUCGAUCCCAUCACCUAGAGUAGAAGUGUUAAAAUAUUGUGAAGAUCCUGAGUUCUGCUAUCAGGAUUUUGCUAAACGAGACAAUUUAGACUCUAUACCUACAUUCAGAGCACAAGAUUAUAAUUGGGAGGAGCAUGGAUUCUCAUUAGCUAAUCGUUUAUUAUCCGACAUAGGAAGUAAUUUAGAAGAUCGAUUCAACAUUGCCAUAAAUUUAACAUACUACACAAUGGGGAAAGUGAAAAAUGUUGAUACCAGUGCUUUCAGAUGUGCAAUUUGGAAUUACAUACAUUGCCUUUAUGGCAUCAUGCAUGAUGACUUUAAUUACUCCCAAGUUAACCAAUUGUUAGAUAGGAAUUUAAAAUCAUACAUAAAAACUGUGACAUGUUAUCCCGAAAGACUGACUAAAAAGGAUUAUGACAGUUGUAUGCAGGAAUUCAGACAUUCUGAAAAGGUACAUGUGAACUUAAUGUUGUUAGAAGCCCGGUUACAAGGAGAGUUACUGUAUUCCCUACGAGCAGUGAUGCAGCACAUGACGUGAAAAAACAAUCGAACAAUGUAUCUAGUCUUAUGGCCAAUGGUGCAUUGUGGGUAGUGGCCAUUUUUCUGUGAUAGUCUUUCAUUAAUAAGUGAUACUGUUUUUAUUUGUUGUGACUGUAUUUAAGUGUCUUGUAGAUUAUUUGAACUAAUGAACAGGGGAAAUCUAUUAAAUUUUUCUGAAUUGAUGUCAAAAUUUAACAAAUUUCAGUUUUCUAUUUACUUAUUUCAUUUUUUCAUCAUUGAUUCGAUCAUAAUUUCCAUUUUGAAUUAAGUUGAAUAGCAAUGUCAAGGACAUUUUCAAUAGAAAAGUUGUAUGGAAUAAUGUUCAGUAAUAUAAAUUUUCUGUCGUCUGCUACUACAUUUUUUGUACUACUUUUUGUUUACCUUUCUUAGCAAAAAUGUUUUAUCAAAUGAAGAAAUCUUGAUUAGUUCCAGGGAGGAUAGAAAUUUUAAAAUACAAAAAUUGGGAUGAUCCUGAUUUAUAGUUCAUUUAAGCUGCAAUUGGGAAUGUAUGUUUUUGUUGAAAAUGGUUCGUGAAUGAUGUUGAACAUGUUAUACGAAAUGAGAUUAGCCAUUUUUUUUGGGCAAAAUCUGUUCAAACACACAAAGCAUUAGAGUGAUGUUAUGAUUGUAAGAUCUUUGCUAGUUUUAUGGCAAUGAUAAGGGUAGAUUUAGUUUUCAUUAUGAGAUUGUGACUGAACAGCAUUUCAGUAGUGAACAAACUUUAAUAUUGUAUGUGGAGCUUUUGAGAGGUCAACAUUGUCAAAGUCAUGUUUUUACGACGAGUUAGUACAUUGUGCCACUAAGUUGUCAGUUUGUUAAACAGUAUUAAUUCAUUUGAAAAAGACGAUAUACAUAGUCAAGAUUUUUCUCAGGGAUGUUUUUUUUCGAUAAGAGAAAAGUUAUUGACUUUCGGCCUUUACUUUAGAUAUGCUGUAAAUGCAAAUAUAAAAGAAAAAGAAAUGCAUAGAUAGUUCAGUUGACUAAAUCAAAAAUUACUUACAAUGUAAGUUAACAUUCUCUUCUUGUGAUGUAUUUUUGUUUUAUAACAAGUUUUGUUUUCGUUAUUUAUUAACCUUACAUUUUUCAAAAAUGCAAUUUGCUUAAAUGUUUGAACCCGUUCUUGUAGUGCUUUUAUCGAUAAAAAUCCAUAUUACCUUGAAGCUAGUUUAAGUCAAAAAGCAUAAUUCUGAAUAUUGGUGCAAAAAAGGAGUCAAGUCUUCCUGGAAUACAAAAAAAAAUGUUUGCCAAAAGUUCAAUUUUGUUCAGAAAAAUCAUUUUUAAUAUUGUUAUUAGAAGAAAAAAGAUGAUUUUAAUUCUGAAUAGGAAGUUUUAUUUUCAAAAAGUUUAAUUUAUAUAGUUGCAUAUAGUCCUUCAUUUGAAAAGAUGAUACUAUCUUGAUUUGAUCAAGACAAAAAGUGCUGAUAAAAAACGUCAAAAUAUCACUUUUUAUAUUGUUGAACAGUAUUAAUGCAAAAUUAGGAUAAUUGAAGAGUGCUUAUAAAAAAAUGAGAUUAAUAGAGUCUAAUUUUGCGUUUUUGAAUAGCGUACGGGUAUGGUUAAUGUAAUCGAAUGUAAUUAAUUACUGAUUAUUACAUCAUAACAUUCAUUGAAUUCAAAUACAUGUACAUGUAUGUUCAUUCCGUCGAUCAAAUAUUAAUAUCAUAUCAUAGUCAUUCAUACGAACAUGUAAAUAAUAACAGUCAAUAAUUGUUGGGCAUUGAAUGAUAGGUACCCUAUGUUUAUGUUACGGAAUCGUAGAUCUGUAUAUGGGGUUGAAGCCAUCUCAAAGUUGAAUGUGAAAAAUGAUGCAAGCAUUGAAUAUUCAUGAUAAAUAGAUUUAAAAGAUUUUAAAAGAGGCGCAAACAUGCUUCAGGAUAGAAACAUGAAAGAGAAAGAAUUAUCAUUGCAAAUCAGGUUUUGCUUGUAAUUAUUGCUUUUUAAACAUUUAAAUGCAAUUUUAUCAUGUUUAUAGGUUGAAAGAAUUAAAUCUGCAUGUAUUCAAGGCUUUCAUCAGUUUUCAAUUGACGUUUAAGAUGUGUUGAGACCCUGGUUAAGUUAUUGAAAUUAGAGUAACAUAAAUUAAAUAACAGUGCUAAAAAGAUGUGAAAAUAUAUUAUAAUAAAUGUAUAUUAGAGAUCCUUUACUUACAUAAUAUAUGAGAAAGUAAUUAUUAAGAACUUCUUGAACAAAUCCAGGAAGUAAAACUAAAUAAGAUCAGGAGCUUUUUUGUGUUUUUUCAAUGUGGCCUUGUAUAUUGCCUUCCAUACACUUGAAAGAAUUAGGCUUUUUGCUAUUAGUACCUUUUUGGCAUUGCAGCUUAAGAUUUUUUCAUAUGGCCAUAUGGAAAAGUACAGAUUUGCCCUGAAAUAAAUAUUUUAUUGCUUAGGGCUUUGCUGCAAGAUGAAAUCUUGCCUAUAUCUACAGCAAAUUGCUGUACAGUAAUAUCUAUCCUUUUGGUAAUUCUUCAUAUUAAAACGAUGUCAUUUUGUGUAAAAAAUCAGGCCAUUAUGGCGUAACAUGCCUUUGAACAAUCAAAAACAUGGAAUCGUAUGGCAAGUGGUUAAUUAUUUAUUGUUAAAUAUUUACAUGUAAAUUUGUACAUGGUUGUUGUUUGUUACUAGAGUAGGAAGUUAUUUUUUCAAAGAAAAAAAAAAACAAAAAACAAAUGUGCCAAGCAUUUCAUCUCUAACAAGUUUCAUGUUUAUGACAAAAAAUAUAACAAAUUUUCACAAUAUAUACUUCAGUAAACAUUAGUAAACUUUAUGUAGGUACAAAAUGUUCCUGUGCAUGCUUUUGAAUACAAAAUUUUAACUUUUAAAAAAGAAACUACAUGUAAAUUUAAUGUAUUUUUCAAUGCUAUUGGCACAUUUGGUAAAUAGAAAAAAAAAGAAAAAGUAUCAGACUCUGAAAAAAAAAGUAAAGAGAAAAUAGAAUCAACCAGCAAAUAGGUUCCAUGUAAAAGAUAAUAAUAUUUUUGUGUGAAAUGUUGACCUGACGUUAUAUAUGAAACCAACUUAACUGAUGAACAUUUCUAUUUAUUAUACUAAAACCUUUUCUAUAUUGUGAUAAUGAAUGUUGAAAUAAAAAAAAUUAUUUGAAA